GGAGGAGAAAACAGACAACCUCUAACACACUGAGAUUCACAAGGGGCGAUGAUUUAUAUAUAAAUAUAGACAAAAAUGUUGUUUUUUUUGGCAGACUGAGGCAGCGCGGCGGGGUGAGGAAGCACAAUAGAGCAUCUCCGUGUUUAAUUGCGGAUUAGAGGAGGAGGAGAGAGAACAAGGAGAGGCGAGGAGACGCUCUGUAUUAUUAGGAGAGAAACAGAGAGGGGGAGCAGGGGGGUGAGGAGACGGAGACGGAACAGACCGUGGAGGGGGGGGAACGGGAGCGAGGAGGACACCGACACUGACGGUCGGCUCGGCGGCGUCGCUCGGAUGCUGUUGUCGACCAGGACGCGGCGACGAUGCGGCCACACUGCUGGGUGAUGGUAGCGCUGGCGGGGAUCAUGUCGUACCUCAGCCCGGAGAGAGCCCUCGGAGCACCGCAGAGGGAAGUUUCUCAGACCAGGGCUGAGUCCCUCUCUCCUCCACCCUAUGUCAUCAUCCUCAUCUCCUGCUCGGGGCUCGUCUCUUUCGUUCUGCUUCUCCUCACCUGUCUUUGCUGCAAGAGAGGAGGCAUGGGGUUCAAUGAGUUUGAUAAUGCAGAUGGUGAGGAGUGCUCUGGAGGCUCCAGUCCCAUCCAGGAGGACAGCCUAUCAUCAUGUCCUUCCCUCCCAGAGGUCUACACCUUGCCAGUCAGAGACCGACCCAAUUGCUCUGCCCUGCAGGAAGGAGCAGACCCCAAAUCUCAGUGUUUUAAAAGACAUGUUUUAAAUUACCUUCAGGAGAUAGGGAACGGAUGGUUUGGAAAGGUGAUACUGGCUGAAGUGCUGUGCGAUUGCAGCUCCUCUCAGGCGGUGGUGAAGGAGCUGCGUGUCAGCGCCAGCCCGCUGGAGCAGAGGAAGUUCCUGGCUGAAUCUGAGCCGUACAGGAGCCUGAAGCAUCCCAACAUCCUCCAGUGUCUGGGUCAGUGCAGUGAGAACAUCCCCUUCCUCUUGGUUAUGGAGUUUUGUCAGCUGGGUGACUUGAAGCGUUACCUGCGGGCCCAGAGGAAGUCAGAUGGGAUGACUCCAGACCUGCCAACCAGGGACCUGUUGACUCUUCAGAGGAUGGCCUUUGAGAUCACCUCGGGUCUGCUGCAUCUUCACGAAAACAACUACAUCCACAGUGAUUUGGCUUUAAGAAACUGCCUUCUGACCUCCGACCUCACUGUCAGAAUAGGUGACUACGGUCUCUCGCACAACCAUUACAAGGAGGACUAUUACUUGACUCCGGACAAGCUCUGGAUCCCUCUGCGGUGGAUUGCUCCUGAGCUGCUGGAGGAGUACAGAGGAUCUCUGAUCGUUACGGAUCAAACCAAAACCAGCAACGUGUGGUCUUUGGGGGUGGUGAUCUGGGAGCUUUUUGAGUUUGGUGCUCAGCCCCACAGACACCUGAGCGAUGAAGAGGUGCUGACCUUCGUCAUCAGAGAGCGACAGAUCACUCUGGCCCAGCCUAGACUUAAACUCUCACAUGCAGAUUACUGGUAUGAGAUCAUGCAGUCCUGCUGGCUCCCUCCCUCGCAGCGACCCUCUGUAGCUGAAAUAUUCCUCCUUCUCUCCUCUCUCUUGGCUGCAGAGCGAGGAAUGUCAAAGAGGGGGGAAGACGAAGAGGAUGAGGAGUAUGAGGAAGGUAGAGGAAGGAGAGGAGAGAACGACGAGUCGUUUGAAAGACGCUGGGACCUACUUCGUCCACCUGCUUUUCAAAGUGCAGUGAACGAGCGAAAUAGAGAGUAUGGCAGGGAUGGCAGAGACAACUCUUACCCCCUGCUGGACCCUGUGGGGAAUUGCAUCACCCCAUCCUCCUCUGAACUGGAUGACAUCUUGACAGUCACAGAAACCAGCAAAGGCUUGAACUUUGAGUAUUUCUGGGAGAAGGCUCAUGCCAGACGAGGUUACAAACCUCUCCCUCCCCCUCAGCCAAUCCCAACUGUGAACAAUAACCAUAGACAGUCUUUAGACACCCCUACAGUGGUACCGGUUAUAAGUGCCCGCAGUCCCUCGCUCGCCAGCGAGUACUACAUUCGACUGGAGGAGCACACUCCCCAAGACAAGUCACCAACACUUAAAGGGAAAUCACAGUCCUCCUCGCAAUUGGAUUCAGUUUCUCCUGGAGACGUGGAGCUUGUGGAAAUCCAUAGUGGAAUUCUGGGAAAAGAGCGAGUCCCCUAUCGUGCUUCAGAGAACAGUGGGAAGAUGCUCCAAACCAUCCGAUCAAGCGAGGUGAAGAUCCAGAUGCCCAACACAGGAAUGGCCGAGUUUAGAGACACUUCUAGCAGAGUAACGGACUUCUCAGUGGUGGAUUUGGGUGACGAUGAUGAUGUGGAGAGGAAAAAGGGCAGGGAAGCAGAUAAAAAAUCUCCCACAACGUUCCAGGCUCCAGUUCUCCCUCCAAAACCCCGCUCCAUGUCCAUGUCUUCAUCCAAUCACCUUCACUCCCGCCCCCUCCCCGUCCCUCCACUUGGGUACAGAGGGCUGCCUCACUACACCAUCAGCGGAAAGAUCGAGACGGACCCCCUCCAUAUGAGCUCCUGCCCACCAUCCACCUUUGAUCACCUCGGCCUCCAUCGGUCCCGACAGACUCUCCCCCCAUCCCCGUCUCUCUCCCCCUCUAUUCCCCCAUCCAGUCAUCCCAUUUACCCUCAGAUGUGUCCUCCACCUUUACCCCCACACUUCAAACUUCAACGCAGCAUCCCAAGAUACAACACGGCUGAUAGAUUCUCAAGAUACACAAAGACACAGAUGCAGAGAUCCAACAGAGACCCGCUAUCUAGUGACAUAUCUGACAGAGAGUCUGACAGAAGGCAUGCAGCAUCAAUCUACACCUCCAAAGAGGACUCUCAUCCCCGUGAGAAAGACUUUGACUCCCCCAUUCGUAGAGAAAAUCCUCUGCGGCCAAUUUAUCGAAACCCACCUCGUACAAACUCCCAGAUUGAGAGGCAGUCUUCUUCUAGUCCUACCUACUCGGAUGAAGAUGACUCUCCUUUUGCUUCCCCUGAGAGACCCAGCCGGACCACAGUUGCUCACUCCAGCCUGUCAGAAGAUGCAGACCCAGCCACCUCUGAGCUCUUCUCUAGGGGAAUGAAGAGGACUCAGUCACGGCUGGACACUAUUCUUCCCACCAUUUGGAGGGAAGAUGCUGAACUUCAGGCAGAACGACUUGCGGCGGCCAAAAAGUCUCCCAUGCACUUGUUUCUAACCGAGAUAUCAAGUGCGACAGACUCGACUGAAGCCAAGUCAGAGGCCUUGUGGGAUGGGGACAAGGAGGAGAGUAAAGAUGGAGAGAGGUGGGGGAGCUUUGUGCUGCACAACAAGGGAAUGCGCCGCUCCCAAUCACUGAUCAAGGAGUUAGGCUCAGCAGGGCAGUCAUUGGGACAGGAGAAAUACCUCCAAAGGGCAGGAAUUGAGGAGGACAAGGCAUCAUUCCAAGGGGAUCUUUUCCUCACAGAGGUUGACACAGACAGGAUGGACCCAGAUAUGGACGCAGAAAGUGAUCCAGUUAAAUACCUCUAUCCUGCAGGAUCCAGGUUACCGCCCUACGUUUGCUCUCCUGACCUGACCUCUAAGAGAGAAGCUGAAGAUGGCAGCACAAAAGGUAUACGGAGAUCCCGAUCUCUUCUGUCCGAGAGGGGGAAGCAACAUACUGAAAUACAUUUAUCUGGCACUGAGCCACGAAAAGCAGAAAUGACAAGGGAGGAGUUCCUGAAAGAGAUCCAAUCAGCAGAGACCUUUUUGACUGAAAUCAUAUCAAGACAAAACGCUACCGCAAACAGAGACGAAUCAGAUCCAUCUGUAUCCCCUACUCCACUGUCGCCUGAAUACGAGUCCAUAUGCAUCGACCCAAACUCCACUCAGACCAUAACAUUCCAGUCAGCAAGCUCCAUACGAGCAUCCAACAAGGGUAAAGAAGAGACACAGACUGAGGCCAUCUAUGCACAAGUGACCAAGCGUGCAAAAAAGAGCGAGAUCAAGGUCUCCAUUAGACCUGAGAUCCCAAUUCUCCACAUAGGAUCAAACAAACAACUGCUUGAACCGUGCAACCAGGAAAACAAUGCUGAUCACUGCCAGACUGGAGAGUUUGUGCUCUCAGAAAUAAUGCCCAAAAAUGGUUUAUUACACAAUGAAAGUGAUGAAUGUCAGAAAGAAGAGGAGGAUUGUUCAGAUGGACCUGCCUUACCUUCCAGAGGGGAACUAACAGAUCCUUCAGAGUUUUCUCCUUCUGAAUCCACUGAGUCCAACACUGUGAUACUGCAGGAGAACAAAUCUCUCAUUACAAAUAAAACUGCAGUUGUUGUAGAGAAUGGUGAAAUGAUGAAAGACAAUCUAACGGACCGCGGAUCUCGGAUAGAAGAUCAAACAGAAGGAAAAUCUGGUGCUGCGUCAGGUAACAUUGAGAAGGCAGAUGAUCUAGAGGAAAAUGGAGACAAUUUCUUUCAGCACAAGUGCAAUGAUCAAGAAAAAAAUAUCAUUAAAAAUGAACCAAGUUAUGAAGUAACUCCGAACUUUCCAGAUCAUGACCUGUCCUCUGACAUUUCCCUCAUGACUCCCACUGACUCCGUCCUAUCACCAAUGACCUCCAGCUCGGCGGACGGCCUCACGCCCAGUGAUUCCUGGACCGGAGUGGGAGGCAGCGGUGGGUGGCGGGGCCUGGGAAAUGAAACCCCGCACCGAGACUCCGCCUAUUUCUCUGACAAUGACUUAGAAGGGGACGGGAUGAACAGGAGGAGCAGCGACGGACCUGGAUCCAGGCAGAGUAGUGGCCGAGGGGGCGAAUGGGGAAUACUCACAGGAAUAGAAGAGAAAACUGAAGAAGAGGGAGAGGCAGGAGAAAAGUGUCCCUUACGAAGAACUUUACAAUCAUCAUGUAGCAAAACAGAAAUUGGAAAUGAAAAAACUAUUGAGAAUUGUGAAAAUGACUUUUACCACUUUGACAGCAACAAAGAUAUACUAAGUAAAGGGCUGGAAGCUCUUCACAAAGAUGAUUCAGGCAUUUUUUCCAAUUGCAACGAGAGCAAAAGAUCCAUAUUGCUGCAUGAUGAUCAAGUCAAGGAUUGUGUUGACUUAAUUGAUAAGCUGUUUUCAAAGUUAGAUGAAGAACCUUUGAAGAAUCUUUCACACAGUGGUGGGUACGUGAUAGACAGCCACUACAAUGAUGGCAUCAUUUCCAAGAUAUCGGAUUACAAAUGCACAGAGUCUGAACAGAGCAACUUGAAUCUGCACUCUAAGAGCCCCAGUGGGACAAAGAGUUUGAUCAACUCCAUGUCUGGCAUUGAUGGACCAGAUUUGACAGGUAGGGGUCUCACUGCACUGAGGUCUUUGAAAUUUGAAAAUACAACAGUGGAAUCUGAGUCCAGAUUAUCCAAACAGAGUGAAUUUCAAAGCAAUGAUGACAUGCAUAGCGAGGAUAAAGUCAAUCUGACUGGUCGGUGCACUGAGCAAGGUGUUGAAGAUAUGUCUAGUCUGGACGAUAAUGAGCUGGGUAUGACAAACCUUCACUGCUCAGACCAGAGAGCAGAUAUGGAGGUCAGGAUGGAACUGGACACACAUCAAGCCUUUGCAGACUCUUGUGAAGGGCCGGAUGUGAUGACUGAGGACUGGUGGAGAACCAUAGAGGAGGAUGAAGAAGCACCGCCCUCUGGAGGCAUUAAUGGGGAAUUUGACUGUCACCGCUCGACAGAAUCAGGGGAUCAAAAUAACCAGUGGGCCUCUCCAGAGAAAAGCCAACAAGAAGUACAGCUGAGAUCAGAAUGUUUUGCCGGGUUUAGCAAUAACAACUGGGGGGUGCAAGAGAAGUACUGGGACCCUGAAGAAAAUGAUGAACAUGCAGGAAGGGAGCCUCACCCAUCUUCAACAGAGGGGACCAAUGAAACACAAGAACUGAAAAGCAAUCUCAUUGUUUGUGAAACAAUAAAAGACACUGAAAGAUCAAUUAACCAGCAGUCUGCAGCAGAUGUCCAGCAAGAGGAAAAUAUUGAGAAUCUGGAGGAAAUCGAUAGUUUUAAGAGCGACGCAAUGAAAAAAAUCUGUGAUACUGAAGUAGAGAAUAUAGAAACUCCAGAGGAAGAGAGGUUUGUAGAGAGGCAGAUUCAGGAUAGAGGAUGGUUGACGGACACGGAGGAGAAUCAAAACUUUAACAGACUGACACAGAAUCAACUCAGCAGAGAGGGACAGACAUCAAUACGACAUAUCAAUUCUGAGAACCACUUCAGCCAUUCUUUCCAGAAUAAAACCUCAAGUAUAUCCAUCAGCAUCACUGAACCCCCUCAAGGUAACUGCUCAGACCUGGAAAAUGAUGAUUCAAGCUUCAAACAAGAAGCUGAGCAGAGGCCAUGCCUCGCUACACAGUCCGUAGAGGAAAGUCUCCAGAAAGUUAAAGAAGAUUACAGAGAUGUGCCCCUUCAGUCCGAUCUCAGUAACUCUGAUGUACAGGAGGAGAUGAAUCAUUCAUAUCAAGAGGUAGACAAUUUCAGCUCCGUUGAUUUCCCAAGCCCGCCGCCAAGCAUAGACCUCGAUGUGCAAGAUGAUAAACUGGAGAGUUUAGACGACUCUUUUCCGAGUCCGCCACCGUCUGUUACAGAGGCAGAGGAAUUUAUUACUCACAUAAAUCUAGAAGACUUCGGUUGCGUUCCGGAGACAGAGUCGUAUAUUUCCCCAGCGAACCACACAGAUGUCUUGGAGCCAACUCUGCAAGAAUUACCACCAGCUACAACUCAGAAUAAAGGGAUCUCCGCCAACCUGAACUCCCCGUCUGUGCAAAUAACCCUGACCGAUGACAACAACUUUACUUCAGACAUUGAAGAUGUUUAUCAUAACUUUACCCAGAAAACUUCACCUGCAGGUCCUUCUACCCAACGAGAUCUCCUGAAAAACAUUCCAGCAUUGUUGAUAUCUGAGUGGAAAGAUCUGGAUGAGGAGCCGCUGGAGGAUUUUGAAAAACUUGAGCAACUUUGUUGCAUCUCUGGAGAUGAGGAGGAGACACUGGGGGAACUCUUCUUGGAGAACCUGGAGCUUCUGGAGUCUUUGAAGAAAAUAGCUGAUCAGAAGGACAGCGAUACAGAGGCAGGAGAUGACUUCUUUACUCCUGAGGGCAGCAAAUUGGAUUUAAAGGCAGGAGAGGUCUCUGAUAACUUCAAUAAACUGGUUGAACCUGAGCAAAAAAUCCUGUCACAACCAGCAGAGAAGAUUGAUGAGCAGAGAUCAUCAGGCCACACAUCUGAUGUCAAGGAUCAGGGAUCUUUAUCCAAGAUGACAACUAGAAAUGGCCUUAUGAUGCAGGUGUGUGAGGAGAGACUGCAGUUUUCUCUCAGUGAAAAUGUGAAAACAAACAUGCUUUGGGGGUCAGCUGUGAAAGAAACUGUGACACUUCGGCCCUGGGGGGAACAAGUCAAGGAAAGCUGCCGUGGACCUGUGGAAGACCAAAAAGAGGAUGAGAGUCAAGAGGAGAAGGAGGCUGACUUCAGCCAGCAGCCACUCAUUGAGUCUGAUAAAACUGAACCCGAGCCGCUCACUGUGAUUGAACAACCUGAGAUCACUGCAUCUCAACCUGCAGCAAACCAGGCAAUGAAAGCAAAACUAGCUCGUCUGUCUCUCGCCCUCCCUCCUCUCGCUCUGAAUCUCCCCCGUGCCCCGAGCGGGAAAGGGGGGUUCGGGGACGGGCCCAUUGGAAAUCGGAUCGGAAGACGAAGGGGACUAUCGUCAGGAAUCGACCCUGACGAUGAGGAAGAGGACGAGCAGGAGGACGAGAACUCCCGCAGAGUGAUUGUUGUAACAGAGACGGACGUGGACAAACGGAUUGGCCUGAGGAGUCUGUUAAAAUCACCCAAGGAGCCUUUGGACAGGGAGCAGGACAGAGGGAGGAAUGUGUCCUUCUUUGAUGACGUUACAAUCUAUCUGUUUGAUCAGGAAACUCCAACCAAUGAGCUGAGCAAUUCAGCUCCUACCAGUCCAGGUUCAGUGUCUGUCAAAAACAGCAAGCUGGACUUUCAUGGGCCAAACAAAAGCAAAGAAUCCAAAAGGAAAGAGGAUCUAUCAAUCAAACUACGGUCGCCUGUCAUAGGCGGCCCGGUGACUUCAUCACGCUUUACCGUCAGCCCUGCCAACGAUCCCCACUUAGUGUGAGGUGAAAAAAACCAUCGUUCCGGGAACCUUUGAAGCCGAACCCUCUCGGAUUUGGCAGUGAGUUUACCCAACAACCAGCCAUUCACCCAGAAGAUAUUUUUUUACUAAAUUGGGAACUGAAGGAAACAUACUCCGAUAUUACCAGCUGGACACAUUCCAGAUUUUGCCAGCGACUGGAUUUUGUAUGAAAGGGGGGUUGCUGAGCUCCUGUCUAUCACUGUUUACAGUUUAUCUGUAGCCUUUGGCUGCAGAAGUCUGCAUAUGUUGGGAGAAAAAAACAAAGCAAAACAAAAGGAACUUGGAGCUAUGAAAAAUGUGAAACAAAUCUGACAGCUAUGCAGUGGGAAUCUUGCUGUGUACCAGCUCACCUUCUCUUUUUCUGUUGUAUAGUUCCCUAGCUGUGGGGGAGGGUGGGGGUGGGGUGCACUUUCGUCAUCCAUUUCAUAUGUCCAUGUAAAUGCUUGGAUUCCAGAUUAAUUAAAGAGGUUUUUCUUCUUGCAGCAGCUGUUCCCGUAGGCAGCAGUUUGAAACAGACUCCUGUGUUUAAAAAUAUUCCUCAGCAUUUGUACAAAUACCAUAAGAACAGUGUAUACAAUAUUGUUUUAGGGCUUUUACGUUUAGAUGUAAACUUUGGACUGCACGAAAAAUGAAACAAACAACUUAUUUAUUUAUUUAUUUAUUUACUUAUUUAUUUACUUAUCCAGUUUAGUUGACAUUCAUAAACUGAUAAUUAUUUUAAGAUGGAAUGCAUCUAAGUUACACCUUCUCUAAGACCUUCGUAUCAAAUAAAUAAAAAGUAUUUUCCCAAACGUCUUCAUUGCUAAGAAGAAAUAGAAAAAUAAGUAUUUUGUAUAAUUUUACUUGUUAAUAUAUGCCAAUCUUUACUGUAUGGAUUUAAGUCCUGUAAUAUUAGUUUUUUAUUUAAGUUUCUUGCCAAGACAAACAUUUUUUGCAGUCUUGUCAUUCUAUUUUUUUUGUAUAGUUUAAUGACAGUUAACGUAGUUUAGGUCCCCAAAUUGAAGCUUCUUACCAGUAAGUAGCUCCAUUUGUUUGUGUAUCUGUUAAUUUAUUCCAUUUUCUUCAAACAGCAGUCGAUCAUGCUGCAGAGGUCCUGCUAGUCUGUUUGUUCGGUCUGUUUAAAUGUUGGUUUAAACUUGUGUUGUUUAAAAAUGCUUUUCAGAGGGGGUGAUGUAUAAAUAAGGGGGGAAAUAAAGUUAGAAAAAAAUU